AUGAUUAAACUACAGAAUUGGGAUACAGUCGUGCCAAUGACCAAACUGCAUCCGGGACAACCAAAGACGCGCAAGCACUACAUCAAGGUGGACCAGACUGGCGAUCAACUCUUUACUCACCUGAGAUUCAACAUCUUUCGUGAUGGUGGUAUAGCUCGAUUGAGAAUAUAUGGUUUUGGCCUUGCGCAAGUGGACCGAAAUUCCGAGGCAAAAAAACAGCCUGUACAGGGUAAGUGUGUCGAGUUUAGUGACGCGUACUUCGGACACCCAAACAAUCUGUUGAAACUUGAACCGACCACUGGAAUGAAAGAUGGUUGGGAGACUUCAAGAAGACUUGAUAGGCCAGCCAUAAUUGAUAUUGAUGACAAUGGUUUCUAUGGUGGCGAGGAAUGGGCGGUGCUACAACUAGAUAAGACGAUUGUGGUGAGCUCUAUAGAGGUUGACACUACGCACUUCAAGGGAAAUUGCCCAAACAGCGUGAGAAUUGAUGGAGCUUGUGCUGCAGCAGAUGAAGAUACGAAAACUAUGGUUUGGGAAACGAUGUUGUCUCGAAGAAAGCUGGAUCCUAAUAGGAGCAACGGAUUAGUUACACUGUUGAAAGAGAUAAAACAGAAGCCAAUCAAUCACGUGCGAGUUGUAAUAAUGCCGGAUGGAGGAAUUGCCAGAAUAAGAAUUUACGGAAACGAGUUCUACACUUCACAGUGA